ACUAGUCCAAUCAAUAUCUUCUUUUAUUUGUAGAGCCUAGAUUACGAUGGAUUUUCAAGAAGAAAGCGCUGACCCUUUCGACGAAAUUUUACGCUCCAUUAAAGCUUCUUCGCAAGAUUCUUCUCCAGAGGAAGAGGCUCCUAGCCACGACUUUCACGACAACGUAGACCAGACUACUGACGAGCACAAAGCGAGCCCCGUUGAAUUCUAUCCAUCAAUAGCGGAUACGUUCCCUUCAGAGGUAUUUGGCGAAGGGCACACUAGCGUAUUUCCCCCCGAUUUGACCUCCCCUUUUCAAGCUAUGAGCGGGCCAACAUUGGCCAUGGAGCCUCCUACCUCUCACGGAAACGCCUUUCAUUUUUUGGAUUUCUCUACCGCAAACUUCGAGAUCUCAAGACCAGAAUCUAGCUUCGAGUCACACCUGAAGACUUCCCUCGAUUUUCAGAAUGAAAGAGCAAUGUUCCCCUCCUCAUCCGCUGAGAUACUAUCCGCAUCUCCCAACAGCUCACCAGAGGCCUUCACUGCUUUUCCCUUUUCAUCUCAUAUUUACGGUGAUCACUUGCCUUUUCUAUACCCUGAAGAACUCAGUUUCCACUCGUCUCCCACCCAGAUCCCAUCCUCAUCCCCCGACAGCUCACCUGGGGCUUUUGCUGCGUUUCCUAUGUCAUCUCACAAUCUCUACGGUGAUCAUAUGCCUUUCACAUACCCUAAAGACUUUGGUGUGCCGAUUGCCCGUUCUCACAUAAGAGGCCAUUCAGAUGGUAUGCCUGGCGGUCGCAGAGGCUCUCGACAUCAUCGUGAUCUGUCCGGAACGUCGUCAACGACCAGCACCAUUUCUGGCCCGCCGUACGAUUUUUGCUCAGCGAUUGAUCCUAGUGCGCUUCAGCCCCCACUGAUAAAAUUACAGACUGAACUCGGCUUUGCCAACAGUGAAACAAGUCAGAUUAUUUCACCUUUCAUUAAUCAAGUCAUCGAGCAAGGACCGGACGGUACAAUCACCGGGCGUUACUCACGUCCCCUGACUUCGACCGGAAGACCCUCGCACGCUAGGAAGACGCCGCCUGGUCAUGUCAAACGCCCACGGAAUGCUUUCAUCCUGUUUCGGUCUUACGCGUGCUCCUCGAACCUCAUACCGCCCGCAGUUGAGAAGGAUCAUCGUCAAAUCAGUCGAAUUGUUAGUCAUAUGUGGAAAUCCUUACCGGCUGAUGAAAGAUUGAAAUGGGAGCGCAAGGCUGAGGAGGAGAAAGACCUUCAUCGAAAACUUCAUCCUGACUAUCGAUACAAGCCGAUUUACCGCAAGGAUAACGCUGCAAAGAAGAACCAAGGUCGUUUGGCUACCUCUUCUGCCGCCCGAAAGAAAGGCGUUUCCCGUAAAAACGCGAAAGGUUUGGAUGCAUCAGAUUGCGGCGAUUUCUCAGCAGAGUCAACAAACUUCGGUGCAUUCCACGGAAAAAGUCAUGCUGAUCUUCUACGGGAGCGCGAUGAGGAAAUUCGCUGCGAAGCAGUCGCGAAGGUUUUGAUGGAAGCCAGGCUGUCUGGGAUUACAUUGGAAGAUGGCGAAAUGGAGGAGCGCGUCCAGGAGGAAGUCCGGCUAGUCAAACUGAAUGAGCCACACCAGUUUCAAACACAGCCGCAAUCGGAGAUCGGUGAGGGUGACCAAAUCACAUCUUCCUUCGAUCAAAACUCAGAGAGCACCUUCCCCAGCUUCGAUGAUUAUCGUAUCCUCUUUCCUAACCCUAUUCCUGAGAAUCACCCUUAG